CCGCGUCUCUCUCAGCCAAUCGGCCUCUGAUACCCCACCCCUUCCGCUCUAGGGAAAAACUAGCUCCCAGGUCGUCUUCCGGCGGGAGCUGUGCUGCUCCUUAUCAUGGGGACAAUUCAUCUCUUUAGAAAACCACAGAGAUCUUUUUUUGGCAAGUUACUACAGGAAUUUAGACUUGUAGCAGCUGACCGAAGGUCCUGGAAGAUACUGCUCUUUGGUGUAAUAAAUUUAACAUGUACUGGCUUCCUGCUUAUGUGGUGCAGUUCUACGAACAGUAUAGCUUUAACUGCCUAUACUUACUUGACCAUAUUUGACCUUUUUAGUUUAAUAACAUGUUUGAUAAGUUACUGGGUAAUGAUGAGGAAACCUAGCCCUGUCUAUUCAUUUGGAUUUGAAAGAUUAGAAGUCUUGGCUGUAUUUGCCUCCACAGUCUUGGCACAACUGGGAGCUCUCUUUAUAUUAAAAGAAAGUGCAGAACGCUUUCUGGAGCAGCCCGAGAUACACACGGGAAGAUUAUUAGUUGGUACUUUUGUGGCUCUUUCCUUCAACUUGUUCACAAUGCUUUCUAUUCGGAAUAAGCCUUUUGCUUAUGUCUCUGAAGCUGCUAGUACGAGUUGGCUUCAAGAGCAUGUUGCAGAUCUUAGUCGAAGCCUGUGUGGAAUUAUUCCAGGACUUAGCAGCAUCUUCCUUCCCCGAAUGAAUCCAUUUGUUUUGAUUGAUCUUGCUGGAGCAUUUGCUCUUUGUAUUACAUAUAUGCUAAUUGAAAUUAAUAAUUAUUUUGCUGUGGACACUGCUUCUGCCAUAGCCAUUGCUCUGAUGACAUUUGGCACUAUGUAUCCCAUGAGCGUGUACAGUGGCAAAGUAUUACUGCAGACAACGCCACCCCAUGUUAUUGGUCAGUUGGACAAACUUAUCAGAGAGGUAUCUACCUUGGAUGGAGUUUUAGAAGUUCGAAAUGAGCAUUUUUGGACCCUAGGUUUUGGCUCACUGGCCGGAUCAGUGCAUGUAAGAAUUCGACGGGAUGCAAAUGAACAAAUGGUUCUUGCUCAUGUGACCAACAGGCUGUACACUCUAGUGUCUACUUUGACCGUUCAAAUUUUCAAGGAUGAUUGGAUUAGACCUGCCUUACUGUCUGGGCCUGUUGCAGCCAAUGUCCUAAACUUUUCAGAUCAUCACAUAAUUCCAAUGCCUCCUUUAAAGGGUACUGAUGAUUCAAACCCUGUUACGUCGACUCCAGCUAAACCUAGUAGUCCACCUCCAGAAUUUUCAUUUAACACCCCUGGAAAAAACGUGAGCCCAGUCAUUCUGCUUAACACCCAAACAAGACCUUCUGGUUUGGGUCUUAAUCAUGGACACACACCUUACAGUAGUAGCUUGCUUAAUCAAGGACUUGGAGUUCCAGGAAUUGGAGUAACCCAAGGAUUCAGGACUGGUUUUACAAAUAUGCCAAGUAGAUACGGAGCUAACAAUAGAACUGGACAACCAAGACCAUGAUGUACUGCAAACUAACUUAUUUUUAUGAGGAACAUUGACUCCUUGAUUCCGUUUUAUUUACUAAUCCAGCUGUGCACCGACUGUUCAAUCGUUUAAAUGAUAGAGAAUAGUAGGUUUGUUCACAUUACAUGAAACUGAUGAAAGUACCUUUUUGUAAAUGUAUUUGGGGCUGUGAGAACCUUCUAAAUGUUACAGGGUUUGAAAUUUAGGCUUCCUUUAGAAAGCGUGUUUCUCUGAAUUUAAAUUUUGUUAUUUGCUUUUGUAGUUGAUUGCAGUGUGAUAGACAUUAUAAGAGAACCACUUGAUGGAGCAAAUCUGUCACAUUAUUAAAAGUAUAAUAUUUUCUUCAAUGAAAUUUAUAAACAUGCUUCUUGAAUAAUGACAUACAUUUUAAGAAUGGAAAAAAACAUCCAUUCUGAAAGUAAAAGUCUCUUUUAUAGUUUUCCAAACUUAA